GAAAGAAAAAAAGAAAACUAGUGGGCACAGUUGGAUUUUCUUCGUACAUCGGUUCUCUUUUCUCUCACAAAAUUCCUUGACCUCACUUCAUGACGGUCUUCAACAGGGAACUGUUUACUUUUUUUCGCGACCCAAGUUCCAAACCACCACGACGUCUCCCAUUAGUUCGUGAGCUUCCGUUUUGAAGGAAGUGCCCACUCAACAGUGCAACGGCUUUUCAGGAUUGAGCCAGUCACAAAGCAGCAUCUCCUGACGAUGUUCUUACGCAAUACUGGACUGGGCGGUUAAUGAGGGCAAAGAUCCAAGGGUCAACAGAAACACCACAAUGCUGAGACGACACAUGAGUGUGACAUCAAUAUGGCAGCUCAUGGGAGAGAAGAUAACACCAUGCUUGAGGUCACACAGGAACCUGGCAAAGUUGCAUUGUGCAUUGGGGGCAGUUCGAUGGUCGAGCAGCUACAGACCAGCCCCUCUGUUGACAGCUGCUCCUGUUCGUGCCCUCAUAGAUGAACAGACCAGCAUUAAAGGGCAGUUCCUGCCCCCACGCAGUCCAGUGACAGUGUGUGCACGAAUGCACAAUGAAGAUGGUGACCUGUGGGAGGCAUUCGCCCAUUAUAACACGAAUGCAAAUGGAACUUUCAACUUGACCAGGGAUCAUUCAGUUGGGGGUUCAUAUUUAGGCUGUGAGCCAAUGGGACUCUUCUGGGGACUGCAGCCGGCUGCUGGAGCAAGAGAAGGUUUGAGAUUGAGGAAAAAAAACGUUGAAACUCCUUAUGUAGUGCAUGUUUCCUUACUGGAUGGGCAUGUGUCACCCAGUGAGGGACAGAGCUCUGAGCUGGCUGCUGUAACUACUGAGCGCUGGUACAUGGCACCAGGAGUAAGGAGAAUAGAGAUUCGUCAAAACAAAGUCGUUGGAACAUUAUUCUUACCCCCUGGUCCCGGUCCAUUUCCAGGCAUGUUGGACCUGUGGGGAAUGGGUGGAGGACUGGUAGAGUACCGCUCUGCCCUGUUUGCAUCCAGAGGCUAUGCCAGCUUGUCCCUUGCCUACAUAGGGCACAAAGACUUACCUGGCCCACACACCUCCCUCAAUGUUGGUGAUUCAUAUUUCAAGUCAGCUUUCCACCUGCUGCAAGAUCAUCAUCAGGUCUGUGCCGACAGAGUUGGGAUCAUCGGUCUGUCGUUUGGAGUCUACCUGACUCUUCGAAUGGCCACUCAGAGUGGUGUCAAACCAUCCUGUUUGAUUUGUAUCAAUGGACCAGUAGGAAGUACCCUCAAGCUCUUAGACGAAGACGGCAGGGCUCAACACUUUGAUAAUGACCAGAAAUAUUGGACUUAUGAUGAUCAAGGCGUUGUCACGUUCAAAGAAGUCUCCUUGCCUGCAAAUCUUUACCCUGGAAGCAUAGCGAAGAUCGAGAACCUCACCUGCCCAUUAAUGUACAUAGAGGGAAGAGAUGACCUGAACGCUGCAAGCACGGAGAAUGCAAACCUGGUGGAGGAAACCCUGAGGGCCGCAGAUAAAUCUCACCUGCUCACUCGUCUGUCCUACCCUGGUGCUGGUCACUUGAUUGAACCGCCUUACACACCAAAUUCAAGAGUUUCACUAUGGAGAGUCAAACCAGAGAAAUUGUUCUGUGAGUGGGGAGGUCAACUCGCACCCCAUGCAGCCGCCCAGGAAGAUGCCUGGAAGAAAAUCUUGGAUUUUAUGGAAAACAAUCUGAGACGGUGAAUGUGUGGUGUAGUCAUGGACUUUUAGAAUAGACAGAUAGAAUAUACCUCAUGCAAGUGUCUGUGAUAUGCUGCAUUUAGCUGAGAGAGGUUUACACGCAGAGAACAGAGGGAGAAAAGGGAACUUUGUUGUUUCUCAAUGUAAAUGACCUCUCAGAACUGGUGUGUAACUCACAAGCUCACACUGUCACAUUACGCAGACUGUAGAUUCACCACAAGGGGGAGCUGUUUGUUCACGAUCAGAACAGUUCCGCACAUGCCAGCCUACACCAAUCAAAAGAGAAGGAAGCUGUGCGGCACUAAAAAUGCUGCUCCUGCUACUUCUCUCACCAGAAGUUGCCGUUGGCCCUGGGCGAGAUUGUUUGGUCAGAAAUGCUUCAUUUAAAUCACAGCGUGUCCUUGUUGCAGCAAAUGCAUGAUUCUUCAUGUGUUGUCGUCACUUCUACAUUUUACUUCAUACAACCUACCUUUUUUAUAAUACAAGAACAAAAGUGUACCAAUCUGCACUCCAAGUUGGUCAACAUCUACACAUCUUGAUGUGUACUAAUCAUUCAGUCCCACUUCAAGAAUUCAGACACAGUUUCUGUGUUCCUCACUUUGUUUAAUGCCUUAUCAUUUUACAUGCGGACUAAUUAUUCUGAUGUUUUGGGAUGAAGAGUUCAUGGCAUGCCGAGGUGACCAUGGAGAUGAGGGUGAUGAACUCUUUAAAGUCGAUCUCCAGGUCUCCAUUCUGGUCGAGGUCCGCAAAGAGCUCAUCCAGAGUUUCAUUCUCGUGGAUUUUCUGUUCAGCAGAAAAAUUGAAUGAAAGUAAAUUUAAGGAGACCAAAAUACCAAAAUCUAUAGCAAUGCUAAUGACAUUAUAAGGUUGACAUUACAUACAUUACACACCAGAAAACAGGAUUAAUGGAUUUAAUGAAAGAUCUGAUGUUUGUUGAUAGAGGAAUGUUGUUAGUUUAUCCUGUCUGCUACAUCUCACAUAAGCGGUCAGUAUAAAAACAUUUUAUUUACACGUCUACAUGCUGGUUUACUAUGAAUUCAAUAAGUAUCUAAGCCUGGUGCUAAUCAAAGUGUUAAGUUGAAAAAAAUCAUCUAAAGACAUUGAAUGUCUGUGCCGGAUUUCAAAUCUAAGCAUUGGAGAGCAUGACCUUUCACACAACACUGACAGUAGAUUACCAUUACUGACAGAUGGACAAAUAGCAGUACAGUGUUGUCAAUAUAUCCAAGUAUCUUGAUAGUGGCACACUGUGAUCUCAAAGUAGACAUGGAAAAGGCACAUGCUUCUUGUCAAGCAUUAUACUGUAAAAACAUGCCAAUUGUUAUAACAGCUCCAUAACGUACCAUUAUGAAAUGACUCAUCUCAUUGUUGAUGAGUGCUUUAAGCUCCGCUUUUCUCAGCUUGCACUUGUGGCCUGAGUAUUUGUGGAAAACUCGGAUAAUGCUGGCCAUGCUACUCUCCAGUUCGGACAUACUCUCCUUUGAAGCCUGCAGCAAACAGUUGAAAUCGGUUUCCAAAACACAAUCAUAUAUUUUACUCCCACAUGAAGAUGAUUACAUUUCAGUUUGUUAUUGUACAUGAAAUGCAUUUUAACAUAUGUAUUAGUAACCCAUUAUAAUAUCUAUAAACUAUGACUAGUACAAAUGAAUGAAAAUAAACACAGAGUCGUUCUUACCGUCA